CUAAAUAGGAAUGGCGAUUGAUGAUCAUGUUGUAUGGUAUCUUUUAGGUUAUGUUAUUUCGUGUUUACUUAAAUGAUCCUUCUAAUUUUAUUAAAUUCAUUAAUAAUCUUGAAAAGUUAACAUGACUAUUUUUUUUAUCCAGGAAAAAAUUUCUACUAUCAUUUAUUGAAGCUUCAUACUCUGACAAUUGGAACAAACAACUAAUUUUUUUUGUUUUCAUUUACUCUUACCAUACAAAUGUAAUAUAAAAUAAUGUGUAUUUUGUGUCAAAUUCAGAAGGUAAAAGUAGGCUAUAUUUUUUUCGUUUAAAAUGAUGUUUUUUAAAUUGUUUAAUGUCAAUUUUAGUGGAUUUUUGAAAUAUAUUUGCAAAUGCAACUCACGUAGUAAUAGACUACUUCUUGUAAAAAAGUUUUCGACAUUAGAAUUUAAUGUGAAAAAUCAUGGUGAAUUCAUCAAAACGGAAAUUCCGAAAUCAACUAUGGACUUGGAUUAUUACUGUGAUAUCUCUAAUCGGAAUGAUAUAAUUAGCAACAUUGUAAAAAGAAAAAGUGAUGGUGACAUUGAUAAUGUAUUAGAAUUAUACCGAACUCUGAAAAAUUUAAAUACUGAUAGUGAUAAAUCUAGGAUUAUUAACAACAAAUUAUUAUUAGCACUUGCUAAACUACCAAAUCGGUCACAUCCGUCAAUAAUCGAACUUGAUGAACCAAGAGUUUUAAGAACUGUAGGAAAUAAAAGACACUUCGAAUUCAAACCUAAAGAGUUUCCAGAAAUUGCUAAUCAUUUGCGUGGUUCAAGAACUGGUAAAAGCAAUUUUACGGGGCACCGAAGUUACUUCUUUUUUGGACAGAUAGCUGAGUUAGAAACAGCUCUCAUAAAAUUUUCACUAAAGAAAUUGCUUUCCAGAGGGUUUCAGUUAGUGUCUGUUCCAGACAUUCUAAAUAGGAGAAUUAUAGAAAGUUGCGGAAUGAACACACAAGGUGAACGUAAUCAGGUUUAUUCAUUAGAUUCACAAGUCUAUGGUCCUGACCUCUGCUUGUCUGGCACAUCCGAAAUGGCUUUGGCUGGGUUUUUGAUGAAGAAGAGACUAAGUCCAGCUGAUCUUCCACUUCGUUUAGCUGCCGUCAGUCGUUGUUAUAGAGCUGAAACUUCACGAUCAUCCAAUGAACGGGGAAUUUUCAGAGUUCACCAGUUCACAAAAGUUGAGAUGUUUGGUGUGACAGAGGCGGACGGCUCGGAUGAACUGUUGGAAGAGUUCAGAGCAAUCCAGGAGGAGACUUUUGGCGAGCUUGGACUACACUUCCAAGUUCUGGACAUGCCGCCAUGCGAGUUGGGCGCUCAGGCGUACCGCAAGUACGACGUGGAGGCAUGGAUGCCCGGCCGCGCCCUCUAUGGCGAAGUGUCCAGUUGCAGCAGCUGCACUGACUACCAGUCACGCCGGCUCGACAUUCGCAUCAAGAACAGCGACCGAUUCGCACAUACCGUCAAUGGCACAGCCCUAGCAGUCCCUCGCACCAUCCUCUCCCUCGUUGAAAACUUCCAGAACAAAGAUGCCACUGUAGAAAUACCUCUCGCUCUCCAGCCAUUCAUGGUCAAUUCGAAAUUAAUAACAAGGAACACGACAUUUCCAAAAAUAGCGCCUCACCGAAGUAAAGCUUAAAUCAAUACCAGUACAGUCUUAGCACCAGUAGCAAUUGAAUCAGUUACACUUUAAUAUGAAAUGUGUUAUUAAUUCAGUAAGUUAUUUGUUAUAUUUUAUUAUGUAUUAUAAUAAAAAUGUAAUUGUUUCGGUUGUUAUGCAA